AUGAGCGGAACAACGACCAAAAAAGAGCCUCCCAUGAUCGAGUAUCCAUCGCUCAGUAGUAUCCCCUUAAAGAGUGCCCAAGAUAUUGUCUGGCAGAUGCUGAUGCACGCAGCACAUGAAAACGACCUGGAGCAAGUCAAGGCCAAUUCCUUGCUCCAGCCGUACGCCCAAGAUUUUGGACAACAGAAGGGAGAUAUUGGCGUUGGUGCCAUCACCAAGAAACAAGAGGAUGACGAAGUAGUUCCUAUUGGAGCUGCAUGGGUACGAUUCUUGCCAGGAGUUGGAUUUGCCACGGCGCAUUUGAAGCAAAAAGACGGACAUGAUAAUGAUAACAAGCCAGAGUUUCAGAUGGUGCUGGAACUUCCGGAAUUGGCGAUUGCCUGCCUUCCAGAGUAUCGUGGAAUGGGAGUUGGAUCAUCUCUGUUGAAACGCCUGUUUGAGGUUGUCCAACAAGAAAAAGGAGGCUACAAGGGCAUUUGCUUGAGUUGUCGAUCCGACAAUCCUGCUUUGCGGCUGUAUGAACGGGUUGGCUUUGUCAAUGUAGAAGGGUCGGAACUGACAAAUCGAGCUGGAGGGACCUCGUUGACCUUGAUGUACCUUUUUGACAAGAAAGAGUAA